UGUAAUAUUACUAUUAACCAAAAAUGCGUUUUCUUUUAACUAAAUGUUUACUUUUGAGAAAUUGUAAAGUAUUAUGGAAAAGGUUUAUGUCAGGCUCGUUGUCAUGUAAUCCGACUGGGAUUACACCAUCUCAAAAGGGGCUAGUUUUAGGAUGUUUCGCUAAUAAAAACGACAAAACUGGUGAAUCGCUAUCGUUCACUGAUGCUGCAAAAACAUUCAACAAUCAUGUCAAUGGUAAGCUUCUGAAACAGUUGAUGUCAGCGAAACCACCACCAGCUAGAGGUGAAGUCCGCACAUUUUUCGGAUUAGAUGACACAUAUCCUUACGUAUCUGUAGUUGGGUUGGACGACGGUUGUAUUGGAUACAAUGAUGUAGAAGGUAUUGACGAAAAGAAAGAAUGUAUAAGAGAUGCUGCCGCAAUAGGUGUUAAAUCGUUGUUGAAAUUUGAAUUGCAAAAAAUCUAUCUAGAAACUUUUAGUUGUGCGGAAAGUUCAGCAGAAGGUGCAUCAAUUGGUAUGGAUGCAUAUAACGAUCAUAAAUCGAAAAACAACGUAAAAGAUUUACCUAAAAUUGAUAUGUAUGAGAGUUGUAAUUGGACUGGUUGGCAAAUAGGCCUACAGAAGGGAUCAGCACAAAAUUUGACCAGAAGACUACAACUGACGCCUGCAAAUAUGCUAACACCCAUAAUGUUUGCACAAAAUGCAGUAAAAUUGCUGUCGAAUUUAGGAGUAGAUUUACAAGUACGAGGAAAAAGGUAUAUUAAAACGAGAAAAAUGAACGCUCUCUUAGCUGUUUCUAAAGGCUCGUGUGAAGAACCACAAUUUCUGGAGGCAACGUAUGAAGGAUGUGACUUAAAUGCAGAUCCAAUUGUGUUAGUCGCCCCAGGCAUUACUUACAACUCUGGUGGAUUAGGCUCAUUGAGAUCGUGUGAAGAGCAAAAAAUGGUUCGAGGAGAAAUGUCCGGUGCUGCUUCUUUAAUUGCCGUGCUCCGGGCUGUGAGUGCUAUGAAAAUGAGGUUAAAUCUCAAAGUUUAUAUUCCACUCGCCGAAAAUCUCAUUGGUUCCGGAGCUUUGGAACCAGGCGCCGUUAUAACUACUGAAAAAGAAAAAACUAUUGUGGUUGACAGUACAGCUAAAGUAAAUCAACUUGUAGUAGCCGAUGUACUGACUAACAUCGUAUCCAACAAAUGUUACACGCCAAAAAUGCUUCUUGAUUUAGGCCCAUACUGCAGUCGCUCUGAAUUAUGGUCAACCCAAGCAGUAGGAGUAUUCACAAGAAAUAAUUCACUAAUGCAAUCAAUAAAAGUUGCAUCCAUGCACACUGGCGAACGAGUAUGGAGAUUGCCUUUAUGGCGACAAUCCACAGUACAUACACGAUCCUGCAUGGAAGCUGAUAUUUCCAACUACACGCCAGUAUUUGGUGGACCGGCAAUGCAGGCCGCCGCUUUUCUUCAAGAAUUUGUACCCGAUCACAUCCCAUGGGUACAUUUAGAAAUAGGUGGACAACUAAUAACUAACGGACUAGAUGCUGCCUACUUAGCACCAGGUUUCUCUGGUCGUCCAACAAGAACUUUAAUAGAACUUUUGGGACAGAUAGCAUGUGAAGAUCCUUCUACUAAAUCUCAAUCUUGUAAUUAG